AUGGACGACAAUCACUUUCAAAGAAUGUUCUUGACCACCACUUAUCGACAACAACACUAUCUUAAUUUUGUCUUUAAGGCCUUAUCUGCAGCUUUUCCAGACCUUCAGAGAUCUUUAGAAAAUUGUAUUAACUUAAAAGGUCAGGCACACCCUGUGUUAUCACCUGAAAAAGAAAAAGCUAUUAAAAGCCUGAAAGACAUCCAAAGUUCAUCGAUCGAGAGCAGAAGAAAUAUUCAACUUGAUGAAGUAAACUGUUCUAAAAUUGGCAUUCUUGGCAAUGAGGAAAGUACAGAAGAAUCUAUUGAAAGGUUCACUGAUUUAGUGAAAAGAGCUUUAAAUGAAACAGGUCUGGGUAGUAUGUUCGAUGAAAUUCCAUGUACAGAUCCAACUGAAAUGAAUACAAAGUUGGUUUCAAUAUUUGCUGAAUUUUUCCAGAUAAUUGAGAUUGUUAGAGGCGAGCCAGAUGGAUCUGCAAUUACACUGAAAAAUAAUUUAGCCCUACUUGCUGAAGAAGUGUCACCUUUAUUAAGCUGUAUAAUCUAUGGUGACAAGAAAAUUGUUAAGGCCCUAAUAGAACGUGUGAAGAGAAUAGAGAAUGGAAAGCACAUUAUAUCAAACAAAAUUUUUUUAGCAGCAUGUUUGAAUGGGUCUGUAGAAGUUGCACGUUUGCUCUUAGAAUUUAUGGGGGAGGAUAUUUUAUAUCAAAAAUGGAAUUGUAGAAACUUAGUCGGAUUAAAUGCACUACAUAUAGCAUCUCUCUUACAUCACAAUGAGAUGACUGCUUUUUUACUGGACAAUAAAUUUCCUGUAAAUACCAUUGAUGGAAUAGGACGCACUCCUUUGACUUUGGUGGUCUCGAGUUUCCAUAAAGACAUGUCAAAAUCGGAAAGACAGAAAGGUUUCGAUACUCUUGAGACCCUCUUUAAUAAUGGUGCUAAUACAUUUAUUCCGAAUUUAUUUGGAGCUUCUGCUUUCCACUGUGCCUGUGAACUCAUAAAUGAUAGGGAUGUUUUUAAACAUUUUUUGAAUGGAAAUGUGAACGAUUUAAUGGGCGAUGCAACCAGUCCUCUAAUGCUUGCUUCACAAAAAGGAAACACAAAUAUUGUACGCCUGCUUCUUCAACAAAAUGCUUCUGUAAAUCAUCACAAUGAAGCAGGACAUGCUCCAAUACAUUACGCUUGCAUAAGUGGUGUUAUAGAAACUGUGACAUGCCUUUUAGAUUACGGUGCGAAACCAGACGACGUUGAUAACUUGGGAAUGUCGCCAUUAAUGUUCGCUGCAGCAAAUGGACAUAUUGAUGUUGUUAAAGUAAUAUACGCCGUAUGA